UGUUCCAGAAGUCGUGUAGUCAUACUUCAGUCCUAGCUGGAUAAUGUGAACGUACGGUCUCGCUAUGAUGAAUCAAAAUACAUUUUCUUUUAUCAGUGUAAUUUUUUUCAUUUUUUUCACCAGUUUCACAUUAAUUGAUCAUCAUGUUUAUGCCGCCGGAUCUUCAUUUACACCAUUUUGGAACGAUACGUGGACUGAUAAAUUGAAACGAGAUCUUCUUGUAAAAUAUGACAAAUUCGCAAGACCUGCACAUCAUUUCAAUUCAACUGUAGUCACUCUUGACAUAGAAAUCCAUCAUGUAUCAUUGGACGAUAUGCAAUCAGUUUUGUCCGUUCACUGCUUUCUGAGAAUGGCUUGGAAGGACGAGAAAUUAAAAUGGAAUGCUUCCGAUUAUGGAGGACUUAAACAGGCUCAUUUGGGCAUCCACGAAGUCUGGCAGCCCGAUGUGGUUUUAUAUAACAGUGUGGUCGUGAAUGCAGUCGAACACUAUGGAGACAGCCAUUGCAUUGUGGAUGAUGAUGGAACGGUUUUUUGGGUUCCACCAGCUCAAUUUCUUGCUUUCUGUGAUUUGGAUUUAAGAUUAUGGCCCUUUGACACUCAAUCUUGCUCUCUUAAAUUGGGAUCAUGGACAUAUUCAGGCGAUCAAAUCGAUUUACAUCUUUUUAAGAAGCCUAUGAAGGUGGAAAACCUUCUAAUUACGAAUACAGAAUGGAAAUUGGAGGAAAUGACCAGGGGACGUACUGUCGUUCACUAUGAAUGCUGUCCAGAACCAUAUGUGACCUUGGUCUUCAAUUUGACAUUGAAAAGAAAUGCUUUGCUUUAUUACAACAUCAUUUUCACGCCUACCAUUCCAAUCGUUUUCCUCACACUCAUUGCUUUUUGGUUGCCUCCUCAAAGCGAGGUAAGAAUAGCAGUAGCUGGAUGCACAGCUCUGAUAAUUUCGAUAUUUUUAAUCUACUUUGGCUUUAAAAUACCGCCGGUUGCUGAAAAUUUGCCUCUCAUUGUAAGAUUUUAUAGCGGCAGUCUCUAUCAGGUGACAAUUUCUCUAAUAAUUUCAAUAGUAGUUUUGAAUUUAUCAAAAAGAACAAAUUGUACUCCAAUCCCUCGGGGAAUUAGGAAUUUUCUUAUGGGAUGGCCAGGAUUUUACUUAGGACUCUCAGAUCACAUUUAUGCGAUCCAACAACAUAGACCAAGUGGUUGUCAAGAAUUACGAGAAAGUCACGUGGGAGAUAUUUCAGCCUCAAGUUUAUCAUCAAAUGGCUUUGAAGACUGUGAUCGAGAAAAUAUAAUUACACCUGAAAAAAAUGUCAAUCAACUUGAGUGGAUUUUAUUAGCCACUGCACUUGAUAGAAUAUCUUUUUUCGUCUUUUGUAUUAUAUUCAGUAUCAUGGCAUUAGCAUGCAUUGCAUAAAAUUUGUGCUGUGAGAAAAUUAUAAUAAAAAUACUAAAAAAAAAAAAAU